GCUACUUCAGCCUACCUUGCCAAAGCUCUUGAUCGAACACACCUCAUAAGUUCGGAAAACUCAGUAUAGUCGCAACCGCCUGCCCUAAUUGUUAGCCGUGAAAGUGGAUACAUACCAUAUCUUUUUACCAUGGCUUCAAAUGGCACGAAUAUACUCCCCGCCUCUAAUACUAGUCCGUCUUGGUCAAAAGAAGCCAUCUUCGCUCUAGCAACUAUGUUCAUAAUGCUCAUGCUCUCCAGCAUAGGCCUGAUCUGCAAGCACCAAAGGAGGUCGAUCUUCCAAAGCUUCAGGUGGCUAAACGCAAUCCCACAUGAUGAAGAGUUAGCAGUGAUACGACAAAGUCCCCAUAGUUCCGGAUGGGUUGACAUACUACGUGUCAGGCAGUAUCAGCAAGAAAGUUACACUUCGAUUCUUCGUAUGAGGCGUGGCCCUAGGACACCGCCCGGUCUAUGUCAGACACGUGGAAGGAGAACGUGACUGCUUCAGUGUCCGGAUGGUAUCCAGGCGUAUAUGAGUGUGUUGUUACGAGGGAUGGUUUUAGUGUCACGAAAGCAUUCACAGUUUGCUGUGAAGAGAGCUCAUGUCGUAGCUUAUGUCUACUUUACUUGAUUUAAAAAUUCUGGGGUCAUGCUGAGACAAAUGGUAAUGAGUUGUCCAACCCCACAGCAGAACGCCGAUAACGAUUUUGACAAGCAUUUACGCCUACGU